CCCCAGCCUGCGACCAUCCCAGGACCCUCCUGCCGGAGGGAGGCUCCUCCAAGGUGUCCCUGGCUGCGCCCCCCCCCCCAGGCACGGCUUCAGCCUUGGGGAGCCUUAACAAACUUGGGGGGGGGGGGUGCCAAGCUUGCGCCCCCCCCCCCCCGCGCCCCUUUGGCGCCCCCGGCCCCCAUGAAGCCCAACCCCGGUGUGCGUGUGUGCGAGAGAGAGAGGAACGGAGGGAUCGGGCUCCAUCCAGGGCGGCGGGUAGAGGACGCGCCCUUCCCCGGGCGGUGUUGGCCAAGCCAGCCGCAGCUCGGCGAGCUGAGCGCCUCUCCGCCGGGCUCCAGAGGGCUCCAUCCGCGAUUCCAGCGGCGGAGCCUCCCCUCCCUCCCCUCCCCCUCGCCGCCUCCUCCUCCUCCUCCCCUCCCUCCCCUCCCCUCCCCUCGCCUCCUCCCCCCGCCCGGCUCGGCUCUGCUGGGCUGGCGUGUCGGUGCCGCCGAGCGCCACUCAGCCCAUGUGCGCGGGAUCGCCGCCGCCGCCGCCGCCGCCGCCUGCGCGCCCGGAGGAGCCCCCGGCAGCCGCAGCCGCCCGCGCGAUGUCCGGCGCGCCGCACGACCCCUUCUACUCGUCCCCCUUCGGGCCCUUCUACCGGCGGCCCCCGCCCUACGUGGUGCAGCCCGAGUACCGCGUCUACGAGCUGAACAAGCGCCUGCAGGCUCGCACCGAGGACAGCGACAGCCUCUGGUGGGACGCGUUUGCGACAGAGUUCUUCGAAGACGAUGCAACGUUAACUCUUUCGUUUUGUUUGGAAGACGGACCAAAGAGAUACACAAUUGGAAGGACCCUCAUUCCUCGUUAUUUUAGCACUGUCUUUGAAGGAGGUGUGACAGACCUGUAUUACAUCCUCAAGCACUCAAAAGAAUCAUACCACAGCUCCUCCAUCACAGUGGACUGUGAUCAAUGCACCAUGGUCACUCAGCACGGAAAACCUAUGUUUACAAAGGUGUGCACAGAAGGGCGUCUUAUCUUGGAAUUUACUUUCGACGACCUUAUGAGAAUAAAAACAUGGCACUUUACCAUUAGACAAUACAGAGAGUUAGUCCCUCGCAGUAUUUUAGCCAUGCAUUACCUCUGGUUGUGUGUAAUAUUGGAGCCAAUGCAGGAGCUGAUGUCGAGGCAUAAAACUUACAGUCUCAGUCCUCGGGAUUGCCUGAAAACUUGCUUGUUCCAAAAAUGGCAGCGCAUGGUGGCCCCCCCAGUAGAGCCCACGAGACAGCCGACAACCAAACGGAGGAAAAGGAAAAAUUCCACCAGCAGCACCUCCAACAGCAGCGCCGGGAACAACGCAAACAGUGCCGCGAGCAAGAAAAAAGCAGCAGCUGCCAACCUGAGUCUUUCAAGUCAGGACGUGAUGGUGGUUGGAGAACCAACUCUGAUGGGAGGAGAAUUUGGCGAUGAAGACGAACGGCUCAUCACCAGGCUAGAGAACACGCAGUACGAUGCAGCGAAUGGCAUGGAUGACGAUGAAGAUUUCAACAGCUCGCCUGCUCUGGGGAACAACAGUCCAUGGAACAGUAAACCUCCGGCUAACCAGGAGGCCAAGUCUGAAAACCCAACCCCACAAGCAUCCCAAUAAGUUGUCCGAAGCUGUGUCCACCAUUGCUUAUAACAGCAGUUUGCAAUUACUAUCCUACAGCAUUCUUUACAAAAAAUGAAAUCCUCCGAGCUUUCUACAGAUAUCAAUCCUAUUUCUGAGGUGUACAGCUGUCCUUCUUUAUUUUAAGUUAGAAAAAUAAUUUAUAAGCUUUCAGGUAUCUAUCUUGGAAGCUCUUGCACAUGAUUUAAAUUGGCACUGGCCACAUUGAGGGGGGGAAAGGAACGUUUCUAAAUGCAUUUCAGAGCAGGAUUUUCUCACCCGUGAUGUCCCUCCCCUUUACCCGCUACAGGUCAUGUUGUGCAAACAAGAAUCUCUUGGCAGGUCUUUUUUUUUAAACAUGGUAAAUGGCAUCUUGUUUUUGGUUCCUGGAUACAAUAAAAAAAAUCAAUUUCUUCACUUUUUAAUUAUGCUCUCAAUAGUUUAUCUCCCUGGUUAGCAUUUGUGUGUGUGU